AUGUCAUCCAAUUCGGAGGAGAACAGUCAAGUUCCUCCCCUUGAUGCCACCGCUGCUGCAACUAAACCAAAAAAGGCCAAGAAACCAAAGGUUAAGAAGCCAAAGGAUUCCGCUGAGGCAUCUUCAUCACCAGCUGCUGAGGGCACUGCUGAAGCCAAGCCAAAAAAGGCUAAGAAAUCAAAGACUAAGAAGUCAAAGGAGUCUGCCGAGGUAUCGCCAGCUCCAGCUGAUGAAACUACUUCUGCUGGUGUAGAUGCUAAACCUAAGAAGGCUAAAAAGUCAAAGGUCAAGAAGCCAAAGGAUUCUACUGAAUCAUCUCCUGCUCCAAGUAAUGAACCUCCAGCCGCCGAAGUUGCCGCCGAAGAUGCAAAGUCUAAAAAGGUUAAGAAACCAAAGGCCAAGAAACCAAAGGAAUCUACUGAAUCAUCUCCUGCUCCAGGUCAGGAAGCCGCUGCUACUGAAGGUGCCACAGAAGAUAAACCUAAGAAGGUUAAGAAAUCAAAGGCUAAGAAGGCAAAGGAAUCUGUUGAAUCAUCUCCUGCCGCCACUGAAUCUGUCUCUGAGAAGACUGCAAAGAAAUCUAAGAAGCCAAAGGCUAAGAAAUCUACUUCUCCUGAAACAACUGAAGAAAUAACUGAAGAAUCUACCGAAUCAAAGGAAAAGAAGACAAAGACAAAGAAACCAAAGGAAAAGAAGUCAUCUCCAUCUACUGCCACUUCGACUGCUGCUUCAAAACCAGUUACUUCCAUUGCGGGAGUCACCAUUCCAGGCAAGACUUUUGAUUUGACAGAUGUUCCUCCAUCUAAACCUGCUCCAAAGAUGGUCCCGGAAGCCUAUAAAUUACAAACUAGAGUGGAUUACGGUACUAAGGGUACCAAAGUGGACGUCUUGACUAAUCAUAUACUACUAUCUGUUGGUGAUGAUGUCCCUCAAGAUGAAAGAGCCUCUCAAUUGGAUCCAUGGUGGAAAUCUGCAUUUGUAUAUACCUAUAACAUUACUUUUGCCGUUCCACAGAGUAAUUCACCACGUAAAGGUCCAGCGCCUGCUUUAUCCAAACCAAAGAAAUACGAAUUGGUAGAAUCUUUGUUUCACGAGGAUGAAACCUUGUUCAAAUAUAAAGAUCGUAUCUCCUUCAAUGGUGAAGAUACUCUAUACUCUCAUGUCCCAUUGGAGGAAUUCACUUUAUUUGAUGGUUGUUGGGAUGUCAGUAACAAGCAAAAGAAAAGAAGACAAGAAGUUGUUGGUCUCAACAGUAGAGCCAAGGAAAUUAAUGACUUGGCUGCUCAAGUUACUUUAAAAUUUGCUGAUAAAGUCCCAUUGGGUGAUAUUUAUAAGGCUACCACUUCAAAGGAUCCAGAAGAACAAGAAAAUAAGAUGGCUAACGCUGAUAAGGUUGCUUUAUUGUCUUUGAUGGGUGUCAAAUUCUUAAACACAAAGGAACAAAUCUUCCAACUUAACGGUAAUAAAUUCUUUAUUUUUAAUGAACACGCAAUUGCUACUCCAUUCCAAAUUGGUGGGUUCUUAAUGCAUGGGUUCACAGUUUCCCUACGAUAUGCUUACGGGUCCGUUUUGUUAAAUACUGUUAACGUCUGCCUCCCAUUUGUUAAGUGGACUAAAUAUUUACCAGGUGAUGCUAAAUUCAAGGAAAAUGAAAAGACUCAAUACAGUUUGUUAGAUUGGAUUAUUGAAUGUAUGCACCAGGCCAGUGCUCAAAGAGGUCAAAAGCUAAGAGGCCCUCCAUCUGCCAAGGAUAUCAAUUUUUUCAUUGACAAGAAUAGAGACAUUAAAGAUCUAUUGAAGGGUUUGAAAUGUUACAGACCAUACAUUAAUUAUUCUGUUAACCCAGAUGGAACUCCAAAACCACCAAAAAAGAUGCAAGCUAAGGGUAUCGUUGGUUUCGUAAGAGAGACUCCAGAUUCUAUGAAAUUCAGAACUUUACCAAGUAACAUGGAAAAGAAUGGUGUACCAAAACCAGGUGAAAAGGAAAUCAUGGUCACAACAACCGCCUACUUUGCCAAGAAGUAUGACAUCAAAUUGAAAUACCCAGAUGUUAAAAUGGUGAGUCUAGGUGGUUCGAAUGUUGUCCCAGCUGAAUGUUUAACCAUUGUUCCAGGUCAGAAAUUAAAGGGUUUGGUUUAUGACGAAAAAGCCGUUAUUGAUUUCACUGCUUUAAGACCAAGUGAAAAAUUCAGAGCCAUCACCAACUUGGCAUUACCUGCCAUUAAGAGAGCUUUAUCAACUGAAGAAGAAAAUGCUAAGGCUCCACAUGAUUCUGGUUACACUUUCAUGAAGGUCCCAUCUCGUGUCAUUGACGCUCCUGUGGUUCAAUUCAAGAACACUACAGUCACAUAUGUGGAUAAACCAUUUGGUACUAAGAAUGGUAAGAAUAAUCAUGAAGAAACUAAGGGUAAUUGGAAUUUAAAGGAUCAUAAAUUCAUUACUGUUCCAAAGGAACCAAUGCACUUGAGAGCUAUCUUUAUUAAUGAUUCUGAUAAGUCUCCACCAGUUUCUGUCAUGGAUGAAUUGAAGGCCUCUUUGAGCAAAUUCGCUGAAGAUGUCGCUGAUGUCGGUGUUAACUUUGACGUAUCCAUGGCCCCAAUUUUAAUUAACAAUUUUAAUGCCCCAAUAAAGAAGGUUACUGGUGGCUUUGGUGGUAGAGGUGGACGUGGUGGUAGAGGCGGCCGUGGUGGCCGUGGUGGUAGAGGAGGUCGUGGUGGUUUCGGCGGUGGCCGUGGUGAAACUACUUAUGAAUUAACUCCAGGUGAAGAAAAACUACGUCACUUGUUAGCCAACGUCCCAGAAAAGACUUAUGUCUUAUUCGUCUUGGGUCGUGGGGAUGACUCUGCUAUUUACAACAGAUUGAAAUAUUUAGCUGAUUUGACGUACGGUGUCAUUAACAAUUGUGUUAUUUGGAACAAGUUCAGAAAGUGUUCCACUCAAUACAAUGUUAAUGUGGUAAUGAAGAUGAACUUGAAGUUAGAAGGUGCUAACCACUCCUUAUGUGCAGAAGAUAUAAACUUACUGAAGGAUGAAAAAUCAGGAUUACCAUUCAUGAUUUUAGGUGCUGAUGUUACACAUUAUCCAGAAAAGGAUCAGAAUUCUAUCUCUGCAUUGGUGGGUUCUUUUGAUGACAAAUUUGCUCAAUUCCCAGGUUCAUAUAUGUUACAAAGUGGUCCAGGUGAAGAAAUAAUUGCUGGUAUCGGUAACAUGGUUCUACAGAGAUUGAAACUGUAUCAAAAGCACAACAAUGGCAAACUACCUCCAAAGAUUCUAUUCUACAGAGAUGGUGUUUCUGAAUCCCAAUUCUCACAAAUUGUUCAAAUUGAAGUUAAGGGUUUGAAACAAGCAUUGAAGAAAUUCGGUAGUGAAUUAAACAAGGGUGUCAACUAUAACCCAUCUGUCACCACAAUUUGUGUUGUCAAGAGAAAUCAAAUUAGAUUUAUGCCACUUGAGCAAAAUGCUAUAAAUGAAAAGGGUGAAGUUGCUGCCGUUCAAUCAUUCGAGAACGUUAUGCCAGGUACUGUUGUUGAUCGUGGUAUCACCUCUAGUGCUCACUUCGAUUUCUUCUUGCAAUCUCAACAACCAUUGAAGGGUACUGGUGUUCCAUGUCAUUACUGGUGUAUCUACGACGAAAAUCAAUUCAAUUCUGAUUACUUGCAACAAGUUACUCACGCUUUGUGUUACUUAUUCGGUAGAUCGAGUACAAGUAUUAAGGUCGCAUCUCCUGUUUAUUACGCUGAUUUAUUGUGUGAACGUGGUGCUGCAUUCUUCAAGGCUAACUUUGAGCUUGCUCAAUACGAAUUUUCUAAGGAGAGGAAGAACAGAGAUGACGUUAUACCGACCGGUAAAUUACUACAACCUGUUCAUAAGAAUGUCACUGACAUCAUGUACUACAUAUGA